AUGACUGGCGUAGGGUUAGGACUUGGUACGGAAGGACUUGGGACCGAAGGAGUUGGUACGGAAGGACUUGGGACCGAAGGAGUUGGAACAUAUGGACUUGGGACCGAAGGAGUUGGGACCUUAGGACUUGGGACCUUAGGAUUUGGGAGCGGCCUAGGCUUAGGACUCGGGUUGCAUCUACAAUUAGUACCAGCGGUUAAGGUGAAAAAAAGGAUGUUGAGGGCAAAGAAAAGAGCAAGAGAGGCUGAGUUCUUUGAAGCCAUUGUUAUGGAGAAUGUUUGA